AUUUAAACCUUAUCAUUAUACUUUUUCUUUUUCUAAAAUUCAGAAAACUAAUACUUCUUUAUUCUGUACAUUCUAAACUUCUGUUAUUCCAGGAACAAGAUGGCAUAUGCAGGGAUCCAGAUGUUCAUGGAGAAGUUGAACCACCUCAUUAACAACGACCACAUUCCAUUCAUCAACAACCCCUCAAUUAUACGCCAAAGACCUCAGUUCCAACUUCUCUAUGAUGACCUGGACCCUAUGAUCCGAACCCUUUUCAUCGAUGAACACCAAGACCUCGAAAAAGUUAAUGAUCUGAAGAAAAGAAAAGAUUCGCAUACGCAGCAGAAGAGGCACAAUAUAUCGUUGAUCUCUUUCUAUCCAGUGUUCACAUGAGGAAUAAUGUGGACUUUAAACGAUCCUUCGAUCUUAAUGAUGUUAGGAGAUCACUAAAGUCUGUCGAGGUAGACUUCAUGAGUUUGAACGUCGAUAGGAUGAAGACGGAUUCUUCUCCAAGACCUCAAAGAACACUAAACCAAUCUUCUGCUACUCAAAGUACUACGUCCGGAAAUUCACUAGGAUCGAAGAAAAUUUUAGACAAUAUCUUCGUGGGGAUUGAUCGUGAUGCUGAGCUCAUAAGAGAUAAACUUGUGGAUGAUGGAAAGAAGCUAGAUGUUGUCUCUAUUGUAGGUAUGGGUGGGAUAGGUAAGAUAACCGUGGCGACCAAAGUAUUCAAUGAUGGGUAUGUUAAGCAUCAUUUCCGUAUCCGUGUAUGGGUCACUGUUUCUCAAACAUAUGAUAAGCGGGCUGUGUUGAUUCAGAUUCUGGAAUCCAUUCGUGAUCAACUAGACCUUGAAAAGGCUAGUGACUCUCGACUUCGUGAAUUGGUGCAUAAACACUUAAUGGGUCGGCGAUAUUUGAUUGUGAUUGAUGAUAUAUGGCACAUAGAAACAUGGGAUAACCUGAAAUUAUUUUUCCCCCAUGGUGACAAUGGAAGUCGAAUUCUGAUCACCAGUCGCAUAACUGAAGUUGCUAAGCAUGCAAAUUUAGAUGGAAUGAUUCUUCCCUUAGGAUGUUUGAACAAAGAAAAAGGCUGGGAGUUGUUGUGUCAGAAGGUGUUCCGUGGCAAUAAGUACCCUGAAUGGUCACUUAAACCUGGAAUGCGAAUAGUAGAAAGUUGUCACAGAUUACCACUUGCAGUGGUUGUCAUUGCAGGAGUUCUAGCAAAAGAAGCAUGGAAUGAGAAGUUUUGGAUGGAAAUUGCUUAUAGUGCCAGUUUGUACAUUGUUGGUGACCAAAAUGGAUGCCUGGAAAUAUUAGGUUUAAGUUACAAUAAUCUUCCUCUCCACUUGAGAGAGUGCUUUCUUUAUCUUGGUGGCUUCCCAGAAGACUACAUGUUUAAAGUACGAGAUUUGAUCUGGUUAUGGGUGGCUGAGGGGUUCAUUCAACAAACUGAAAAUAGAAGCUUGGAGGAUAUUGCAGAGGGCUACUUGAUGGAUCUAAUUGAUAGGAAUCUUGUAAUUGUAGCACACAGGAGCAAGUCUAAUGAAGGUGUCACAGCUUGUAAAGUGCAUGAUCUUGUUAAGGAGCUUUGCUUGAAAAAAGCCAAGGAAGAACGAUUUAUCCUUCAAACAGAAAGGCUAGUAUUGUUCUUUCACCGUUAUAAUGUCAUUACACCACCAUAUAAGCCGGUCCGUGUGUUCAUAAAUAAAGAUAUCUACGAUCCACACAUUGCUCAUCCGCCUCCCCAAAACCUUCGAUCGAUAUUGUGGCUUAUAAUUCCAGAACGUUGGGUGAUGACAUUGCAAGGUGUUUCCUUUCUUUUGUGCUACUUAGGGUGUUAGAUCUACAAAAGUGUAGAUUGACCACUUUUCCCAA